AUGGCAACUGAAAAGGCUCUCAGUGCACAAUUGGCGGAUUCCAUUUCAGCGCUAGCAAGUUUAACCAUACAUUCGAAACGAAACAAAAGUGCUGGUGCGAGUUCAAUCCAGAAUCCUCAACAGUCGUGUUCAAGCUCUACUAAUCACCAAGAAAAGGCCGGGCUCAACCCAAAGCAAACCAGAAGAAAACAGAGAAUAAGAAAAAAUAAAUUCAGGCAAGAUGCUGACCAGAGAAGUAUUUCGCUCUCCUCGCUCAGUAGCAUGUCCAAUUCGCCUGUAAACAGUAAACUGCCAGCUAAAUACAAAGCAAAAUCGAAACAGAGUACAAAACCGGUAGCAACAGCUGCAAGCAAUAACGUACCGGCAAGAGAGUUUAAAUUCUCCAUAAAACCGGCCAAUGUUAAUAAAAAAGUUGCUUUCUUCAUAAAGAAACGUACCAGCGGACCAUUCAUUAAUUUACGUUCUUUUGUAAACACCAGUAAAACCUCAUGUGAGUUCGUUUCGACAAACCCAGCUUAUUUAAACAAUGACAGUAAAUCACAGAAGAGAGCGUCGAAAAAAGAUAAGAAAAAGAAAGUCGUUGAAAAAUUCCCUGAUUACUACACGGAAGAAGCCGUUAAAGCUGGAUUAUCCGAUGGCAGUUUAGUGAAAGGUAUUAUUAGAAUAAACCCGAAGAAUGCCAAGGAAUCGUACGUUAACAACGAAGAUAAAAGUCUUCAAGACUAUGUAAUAACUUCAGUGGUCGAUCGAAAUAGGGCUUUAGAAGGAGACGAAGUUGUAUUGCGAAUUAAACCGAAGGACCAAUGGACUGGAGAAAAAGGAGUAAAUAAAACGGCCACUGUUGUGUUUAUUAAAGAAAAGGUGAAUCCCAGGCAAGCAGUUGGUAUUUUACGUACAAUCGAUCCUUCUACAGGAUCUUUUGCUGCUUUCACACCUAGGGAUAAAAGAUUCCCGAUUGUGCGGGUGUCUGAACUGAAUUGGCCAACCGGUUACAAAGAACAGCCCGAUAAGUACAGAAACAUAUUAGUAGUCGCUAAAAUAUUAGAAUGGGACGAUCCACAAUACGCCGUUGGAAUUAUAACUGAAACAAUAGGCUCAUCGGGCGAUCUCAAGAUAGAAACUUUAUCGAUUCUUAAAGAAUUCUGCUUGGAUAUCACACCGUUUAGCGACGAAUUAAAGCAGUGUGUACCACAAUUCGGCGUUAUACCCGAAAAAGAGUUCGAGUACCGCGAGGAUUUGAGGAAAAAAUGCAUUUUUACGAUAGAUCCCCUCACCGCAAGGGAUUUGGACGACGCCGUAUCGGCCGAACUAUUACCGAACGGAAACUACGAAAUAGGUGUACACAUAUCCGAUGCAUCGUAUUACUUACACGAAGGCACCGAGCUCGACCAAAUAGUCAGCAAGAAAGCUACUACUAUUUAUAUGGUCGACAGUACCUACCACAUGUUACCUUACGAAAUGUGCACCGGUUGCUCUCUGUUACCAGGCGAAGAUAAACUAUCGUUUUCCGUAUUUUGGGAGUUCACGACAGAAGGUGAGGUAUUGAGUACGCGAUUCGCAAGAACCGUAAUGAAUUCCUGCGCUAAAUUAGCCUACGAGCACGCUCAAAACGUUAUCGAUGAUCGGGAAAUUUCGCGCGAGGAUUUCCCGACGAUAUGCAACGGCUUCCAGCUCGACGAUUUAGUGAGGACCAUUAACGUUUUACAGGGCCUGGCGAAGAUACUGCGAGAGAGGAGGUUCCGCAACGGCGCCUUGCGCAUCGACAACGUUAAAUUGUCGUUCGAAUUGAACCCUCUCACCGGGAAGCCGGAGGAUUUCUCCGUCGCCGAGAGUCUGGAAUCGCACAGGCUGAUCGAAGAAUUCAUGUUGUUGGCCAAUAUUUCUGUGGCGCAAAAACUGUUAGACACUUUCCCCGAGCUAGCGUUUCUUAGGCGCCACGAGCCCCCCAAAGAAACUAUGCUGGUUAAUCUGCAGACCACUUUAGCCGAGUACGGGGUUCACUUGAACAUAAACUCGGCCGCUGAUAUACAGGUUUCUUUGAAGAAAUAUUGCACGAACGAUGCCGCAGGACAAUCCAGAGCGGUUGCACUUAAUCAUUUAACGGCCAAGCCCAUGACGAGGGCUAAGUAUUUUUGCGCUGCUACUGCGGAAACAUCGAAGGAUUUGAGACAUUAUGCAUUGAACAUACCGAUUUACACUCACUUUACCUCGCCCAUUCGAAGGUAUGCGGAUAUUAUGGUACAUCGUUUGCUGGCAGCUAGCUUAGAAUAUUGUGACCCACCUCAGUGGGACGUUGAUUACGUGCAGGCCAUAGCGAAUAAUUGCAACACGCAGAAAUACCAGGCGAAAAAGGCCCAAGACGCUAGCAUGGAAUUAUAUUUGGCUCAUUACAUAGAUGCUCAUAAACCUUUCGUAGUUGAUGCCGUCGUUGUCGAUGUAAAGGAGAAGAAAAUCGACGUUGUUGUCUUGAAAACAGGCACUGUAGUCAGGAUAUACCACAACAACUGCGAAUUCGGCGUUUUGUGGGAAUACGAUUCGAAGAAGGUGAUGGUUACAUUCCCGAAGAACAGAAAGAAAUCACUUAAAAGAAUCAUUGUAACAAUAGAACUGUUUUCUGUCGUUAAAGUAAGUCUAAAGAGAAAGGAUUACUACCACUUAGAAGGGAGACUGAUGAGGCCGAAAGGGAUCGAAAACAACCGGGCGAACGAUUGA